GGUUUUGUCCGACAUUUAAGAGUCAGUCCCCGAGCAGAGGUGCAGUGAAGGAGAAGAGAGAUCGCCCACAGGACAUCAUGGAUUUAACUCGGUGGUUGUGUCUGCUGCUCAUGUUCUGCUGCUGUGUCUCUGUCACCUCAAUUAAAGGACGGGGGUUCAUCGGGUUUAAGGACCCUAAGGACUCUGGACUAGUUAUUGUGGACCAUACGACAGCUGAGACGUUGAAGAGUAACCUCACCACAGUCUUUCUCCCAAUCGUCUACAUUAUCGUAUUUUUGGUGGGACUUCCCACCAACGGCAUGGCCAUCUGGGUCUUCCUCUUCAGGACCAAGAAGAAGCACCCGUCAUCAAUUUACAUGGCCAACCUGGCACUGGCUGACCUUCUCUUCGUCAUUUGGACGCCCCUAAAAAUCGCCUACCACUUAAACGGCAACAACUGGAUCUAUGGAGAGCCGCUGUGCAAAGUCCUUGUGAGCUUCUUCUACGGGAACAUGUACUGCUCCAUUUUGUUCAUCACGUGUCUCAGCCUGCAGAGGUACUGGGUCGUGGCUCACCCUCUGUCCCAGCAGAGCAAGAACAACAAAGUGGCUAUUGGCGUGUGUGUCGCCAUCUGGGCUUUCAUCUGGCUCAGCACCACCCCUCUGUACCUGUAUGACCAUACUGCCGAGCUCAAAGACCUCAACAUCACCACCUGCCAUGACGUCAACUUCAUAAAAGACCCCGAAAAUCCAUUCCCCUCUGUCCAGCUCCCGUACUACUACUUCAUCUUCAUGGCUGUGGUUGUGUUCCUCAUCCCUUGUGUAGUGAUUGUUGUGGCCUAUAUUCUGUUACUCAGAGCUCUGGGGAACAGCAUGGAGGAAAGUACGGCAGCAAAGAACCGACACAGAGCCGUGGUGUUGAUCGUGACCGUUUUGGUGACAUUCCUGGUGUGUUUCAUCCCCAGCAACAUCAUGCUGGUGGUGCAUUAUGUUCUAGUGAAGAAUGGAGAAAUCAAUAACGGUUACGGCUUCUACAUAUCCACUUUAUGCCUGGCCAGUCUCAACAGCUGCCUGGACCCGUUCAUCUACUACUUUGUGUCCGAGGACUUCAGGAACCACGUGAAGAACACUUUGCUGUGCCGCAGCAGCAGGACUGUGGAGAGGAUGAGAGUUUCAUUCAGCUCCAUGAAAUACUCCAGGAAGAGCAAGUCAUACGUGUCAGAGACAGGAAACACACAGAGCAGCACAUGUUAGCCAGACAAAGCAGAGAUAUUGUGCAUUGUGUCUGUUCUUGAACUCUAGGGUUCAAAUAACAAGGCAUCACACAGGCUGUGUGGCACUGGGACACAUUCCAUAGGCCUGUAAACAUAAGGCCGGUCAGUUGCAACAAGUGACCUCAAGGUAUCUCAUAUCCCGAUGUGAAUAUGACUGUGCUGCGGGAUGAGAGCAUAAGUUCUUUUAAGACGUGUGUGACUUCAUUAUGAACUGAUGUUUGGUUUUAAAAUGUGAAACAUGAAUGCAUAUUUUUUAUAUUUUUUCGCAUAUAUGUAAAGGUAGAAAAGGCCUUCUUAAGGCCUGACAUUUAUUCGUCUUUGCGGGACAGAUAAAUGUGGGUUUUUCUAAGAUUUUCACUGCACUAACCACUUAUAAACAAUGUCUGAAUUAAGAGCCAAACUAAACUGAUGUAUGCAGUGGUCAGUUAUGACUUUUUUUGUAUGUCAGUGUGACUUUGGUCAAAUCAUUUAGCACAAUUCCUGCAGUUUUUAUUUUAAACCACAUUUUGCUGAAGUGUUGAUCUAAUUUUCAGUUUUAAUGCGCCAAAGAAAAUGGUGUCAUUGUUGUAUAGUUUCUUAAAUAAAUUAUAAAACAACAGGA